AUGUCUGGCUCUGAGCCCACAAUGAGUGGAAACCAGUCUCUCUGCACUAAAUUCACAUUUGUGGCUUUUUCCUCUCUAGCAGAGUUACAACCUGUCCUCUUUGUUGUGUUCCUAAUUGUCUACUUAUUUACCAUGUGUGGAAACCUCCUCAUCAUCUACCUGAUCUGGGUCACCCCUUUCCUGCACACCCCCAUGUAUUUCUUCCUGGUGAAUCUCUCCAUUUUGGAGAUGUGCUAUAUCACCAGCGUGGUGCCUCAGAUGCUGGUGCACCUGCUGGUGGAGACCAAGACCAUAAGUGUGGGAGGCUGUGCAGCCCAGAUGUAUGUAUUUGCCAUCUUGGGACUGACAGAAUGCUGUCUGCUAGCAGCCAUGGCUUAUGAUCGCUUUGUGGCUAUUUGUCACCCACUACAUUACACUCUCCUGAUGAGCCCUCCUGUCUGUUUGAAAUUGGCUGCAGUGUCUUGGAUCACUGGGGUGGUGGUGGAGUCAGCUCAAAUCACCUGGAUCUUCACUCUGCCCUUCUGUGGAACAGGAGAGAUUCAGCAUUUUUUUUGUGACAUCAUGCCUGUUGUGAAGCUGGCUUGUGUUGAUACCUCCCACAAUGAGAUUGUGUUGUUUGCUAUUUCUGUGCUCUUUAUUAUGAGUCCUUGUCUCCUCAUUUUGUGCUCCUAUCUGCGCAUUCUUCGAACCAUCUUGAGAAUCCCUUCAGCAACUGGCAGACACAAAGCUUUCUCCACGUGUUCCUCUCACAUUCUGGUUGUUUCUCUGUUUUAUGGCACUGCCUUGUUCACUUAUCUCCAACCCAAGAGUGCACACACUCCAGACACAGACAAGACAACUGCCCUCAUGUACACAGUGGUCACACCUGCUCUGAAUCCUGUUAUCUACACUUUGAGAAACAAGGAAGUGAAGGAAGCCUUUCAAAGGGUGACACACAGGAACCCUCUUAGGCAAGUGGACUAA